UUUUUUAAUGUACUCUUCAUAAAACUAUAUCAGAUACGUGCCUUUGUGCAUGACAACAAGGGUGACGUUAACCUAAUGGCCUUUUGAGACGGCAGCGGAACCCCGAAACAGAACAAGACUCUUGUUCCUGUAAAUUUAUCUCCAAAAUGCGUCGUAGAGUGACAGGUACAGCGUUGGAGAUGCUGGGCUGUGGUGGUAAUAUCACGAGCCAGCGGGGAAACAGGCUUUUACUUGGCCCUAUAACGAGAACAAUCACCCCCAUCUCGACAGACAGCGAAAGAUUUCGUUCUACAUCUUCAAUACAAGGACAUACAGAACUUGCACGAGAGAGGUCUAAAACCGUGACUUCGUUUUACAACCAGUCCGCUAUCGAUGCUUCGGCAGAAAAGGCCUCUGUCCGAUUGACACCAGCAACCCUGCUGUACGCUGGGAAGUCUCCGGAUGGACACCACAUACUGAGCAGUGCCAAGUAUCUGCACAAGGAGCUGCCCGUGCGCAUUGCCCAUCGCAUCAAGGGGUUCCGUAGCCUGCCCUUCAUCAUUGGAUGUAACCCCACAAUCCUGCAAGUGCAUGAACUCUACAUCCGUGCCUACCACAUGUUGAUUGAUUUCCCAGCGAUUAAGGACCAGGAGAUGGAGGCUCGUUAUAGUAAGCUGGUUCAGCAGCUCCUCGAUGACCACAAGGAUGUGGUCACUAUGCUUGCCGAAGGCUUCAGGGAGUGUCGGAGGCACAUCCAGGACGAGACCCUGGUCCGUAACUUCCUGGACACCACCCUCACCUCCCGCCUGGGUAUCCGGAUGUUGGCCACACACCACCUUGCUCUGCAUGAAGAAAAUCCUGAUUUUGUAGGCAUAAUCUGCAGAAGACUUUCCCCCAAAAAGAUAAUUGAGAAAUGGGUUGAUUUUGCAAGGCGUCUGUGUGAACAUCAGUAUGGUAACUCCCCACGGGUGCGUAUCAACGGCCACGUGGCGGCCCGCUUUCCCUUCAUCCCCCUGCCCCUGGAUUACAUCCUGCCAGAGCUGCUGAAGAAUGCCAUGAGGGCGACCAUGGAAAGCCACCUAGACACGCCCUAUAACGUGCCUGAUGUUGUUGUCACCAUCGCCAACAACGACGUGGACUUCGUCAUCAGGAUCUCGGACCGCGGUGGAGGCAUCCCUCACAGGAUCCUGGAAAAGGUGACGGACUACCAUUACAGCACAGCUGAAGAGAGCAACCAGGACCCUCGCAUGAACAACCUAUUCAACACAAUGACCAACAGCGGCCCUCAAUCCGGCCCCAUGCAUGGGUUUGGCUUCGGACUGCCUACUUCACGGGCGUACGCUGAGUACCUGGGCGGCUCACUUUCCAUCCAGUCCAUGCAGGGAAUCGGCACUGACGUCUACCUGCGCCUGCGCCACAUCGAUGGCAAAGGAGAGAGCUUCCGAGUCUAAAAUCACUAGCAGCUUAGCGCUCAAGACUGUGGAGGGGGAGCACAUCCCCACCAAGGGGCUCGGCUAUUUUACAGUGAGCCUGGGCAAGGCUACAGGGAAUUAAGAAGUCAGUUAGCUCCUCACAACUCACUUCUACAUUUAAAAAAGAAAGUCACUUUAGGACAUUAAAUGGGCUAAUAUGGCUGCAGAGUUGGCGCUCAUCUCUUUUUGUUUUGCAUUUCCCAUUUCUUCAGUAUCACAAGGGUUUCUGAACUCUGUAGCGUACAGGUUAACAGAGCAUGAAUGGUGGUUAGUGUUGAUGUUUUUACUGUGGUGGAAAGGAAAUGGGGGGGGGGGG